UUUUAAAAUCAUUCUUCUGAGCUUUCACUAUUAGUUAAACGCAAGUUUUUCUUCAGUAGUAUCACAGGCAGGCAGGAUUUUAAAUCUCCUGGACUCUUUGGGGAGGGAGCACGGGGGGGUCUGGGCUCGGUGCAUCCGCAGUGAUUUGCUCCGCUGGAGUUUCAGCGCCCAGGCUGCACCAGCGCUACCUGCUCCGGCUUUGCGCACCGGCUCCCUUCCAACGCCGGGCUCUUUUUCUGGGAGGUGGGAAGCAGGAAUUCUGCCCGUGGCCAAAAGAUGUGCCCUACUUUGGAUAUUCCUGCAUUGAAUGUCUGAGGAGCUCCGGCCGAUCCUGAGCCAUGUCGCAGAUGUUGCACAUAGAGAUUCCCAACUUUGGGAACACCGUUCUGGGCUGCCUGAACGAGCAGCGGCUGCUGGGGCUGUACUGCGAUGUCUCCAUCGUGGUGAAGGGCCAAGCCUUCAAGGCUCACCGGGCGGUGCUGGCCGCCAGCAGCCUCUACUUCCGAGACUUGUUCAGUGGGAACAGCAAAAACGCCUUUGAGCUGCCGGGGACCGUGCCCCCCGCUUGCUUCCAGCAGAUCCUGUCCUUCUGCUACACCGGCAAGCUGACCAUGGCGGCGAGCGAGCAGCUGGUGGUGAUGUACACGGCGGGCUUCCUGCAGAUCCAGCACAUCGUGGAGAAAGGGACGGACUUGAUGUUCAAGGUCAGCUCUCCCCACUGUGACUCUCAGACCACCAUGAUCGAAGACCCCAGCUCGGAGCCGCAGAGCCCCUGCAACCAGCUGCAGUCGGCCUCGGCGCCCUACGUCAUGUCCCCCUCCAUGCCCAUCCCGCUCCUCACGCGCGUCAAACACGAGAACCUGGAGCUGCAGGCCCUGCCCGGCCUGCCCGGCAAGCGGCCCCUCGAGCCCGGCGCCCGGGACGGGCCCGGCGGCGCCGGCGGCGCCAACGCGGGGCCCCUGAAGCUGUCGCGCGUCUCCUACUACGGCGUGCCCAACCUGGCCACGCUGAUCCCCAACGUGCAGCAGGUGCAGUACUCGCAGGGGGAGCGCACCAGCCCCGGCGCCAGCAGCAUCCCCACCACCGACAGCCCCACCUCCUACCACAACGAGGAGGACGAGGAGGACGACGAGGCCUACGACACCAUGGUGGAGGAGCAGUACGGGCAGAUGUACAUCAAGUCCUCGGGAGGUUACUCUGUUGCCCAAGAGAAGCCGGAGCAGAUCCCGCUGGAGAACCGCUCCUGUGUCCUGAUCCGACGGGAUCUGGUGGCUCUCCCUGCCAGCCUCAUCAGCCAGAUCGGAUACCGCUGCCACCCAAAGCUCUACUCGGAGGGAGACCCUGGAGAAAAACUCGAGCUUGUUGCAGGCUCAGGCGUUUACAUCACCCGGGGGCAGCUGAUGAAUUGCCAUUUAUGUGCUGGUGUCAAACACAAGGUGCUGCUGAGACGUCUCCUGGCCACCUUCUUCGAUCGGAACACACUUGCCAACAGCUGCGGGACUGGAAUCAGGUCCUCCACGAGCGAUCCCAGCAGGAAGCCCUUGGACAGCAGGGUCCUUAAUGCAGUCAAAUUGUAUUGUCAGAAUUUUGCCCCGAGCUUUAAGGAGAGCGAGAUGAACGUGAUCGCGGCCGACAUGUGCACCAACGCGCGGCGCGUGCGCAAGCGCUGGCUGCCCAAGAUCAAAUCCAUGCUGCCCGAGGGGAUGGAGAUGUACCGCACCGUCAUGGGCUCCUCCACAAACACUGUCCCCCUGGAGCCCGACUUCCAGCCCAACGCUGCUCAGGUCUUCGAGCAGCGCAUCUAUGCAGAGAGGAGGAGCGAGGCGGGGACUAUAGUAGCCUUGAGAACUAACACAGUGAAUGUAGAGCUGAGCAAUGGAUCCAACCAGUCCUUCGAGCAGAGCGAGGAUGCCGAAGGCGCCGGCUCCGUGAUCCAGGAGGCAGCUGCCACAGAUGCCAUGGCAUCGGAAACCCAAAGCACUCCGCAACCUUUUGAACAAGGUUCGGGCUCCUCCAGCCGGCCCGAAACCCCCGUGAGAAGACAAGAUGGUACUUAUGGAGGGACUUUAUAAAGAGAGCAAACAUUUCAUGACCUAUAAGGGAUCUGUAAUACUAAAGCUGCUUGCAUGCAUUACUAAUACAAAACAAAAAAAAUGUGAUCAAGCCACUUACCUACUGAACUGCUACUGUUGCCUGAAAAAAAUGUGACUUUUAUUCUGCUUGUAUUUAAAAUUUAUGAAGGAAAUAAUCGCAUUCGUUAUACUGUAAACGACUAGGUCUGUGGCGACCUACUUAAAAAAAUAUUGGGCUCCUUUUUUGAUAUUCCUGAGGUUAGUCUAUAAGAUUGUAGCUUUUUCUUUUUUUUUUUUUUCCUUUCCUUUCCUUUCUUUUUUUUUUUUUUUUGUGUUUUGUUUUUUUUUUUUUUGUUCGUUUGUUUUAAGAAGGGGAGGAGAAAAGCUAGCCACCCCCCACCCACCACCACCCUGUCAUCACCCCAUCCAUCACUCAGCUCAGAAGUAAAGCCAUCGUUAACCUUGUCCUCUAAGGAGAGUUUUGUCAGUGACCAGGAAAGCGAGGUGUGUUCGGGUGCAGGUGCUGUGACUGGCCGCGUUUGUCUCGGGAAGGGCUCGAGCCAAGUGGGGUGGGCUGGGGGAAAUCGUGGCAGUGAUCGUGGCCAGACCCCUCUGGAGGCAGGGGGGGAGCCCUGGCCGUGGGUGCUGUUGUCCCGGGGAGGUUCCUGCGGCUCCCUGGAGCAGGGAUGGUUCCGCGGGAGUUCAGGCUGGCACGUGUCGGGAGGACUGCGUGGGAUGCAGGUGGAGAGCCUGGCUGCCCUUGUGGUUGUGGUCUGCUUUUUGCCCAAUACAGCUGGGUUUGGGUUUGGUUUCUCUCUCCCUCCCUCCCUUCCUCCCUCCCAGCCACUCCUUUCCCUUUGCUUCUCCGUGUUUGCACCUUCACGUCCCCACUCCUGUGGGGCCGGGCUCUGUCACCCCUCUGCACCCCAGGGCGUGCAGGGGCACCCACUGGGAGGGGAGGAGCCCCCCCUCAGCCCGGGAAGGGAUUUAGGGAGGAAUCUGAGCAUGGAGAGCGCGUUGUUCUUGCUCCAAAGGGCGUGGAGUCAGGAGCUCUUGGUGUUGGCUCCUGGUAACAUCCAGAGGCAGAGCUCAGUGCAUGCAGAGCUCACCCUCUGCCCCCUCCCUCCUCUCCAGGCCAACCAAAUUUUAAUCAUUUGGAGUGUACUGGAUGCAAAAGUUAAAAGAAAAAAAAUGAGCUUUGAGCCCUUUUGUGAAGAGGUUUUGGGGAGGAGGAAGCGCUUUGCCUCCUGCUCACCCUCCCGCAGCCCCUUCUGGGGAAAACCCAAUGUGGAGUUAUUUGUCUUUAUUUUUGUUGUUGCAGGCUGAUGUCCCCGGGCUGUGGUGGCUUUGGUGGCCUCGGGAUGGGACUUGUGGGUGUCCCUGGAGCGUGAUGGGCAGCAGGUACCUGCUCUGUCCCUGGCCUUUACAAACCCCAAAGUGAGUGGAGUCUGUCCCGCAGAGCCGGCUCCAGCGGGACCCUGCAGCCUCCCCCGGGGGCUGGGGGGUCCCACGGGGGGUGGCACUGCAGGGGUGCCCCCAGGGGAUGGGGACAGUGACAUUAAAGCCAACUUUGGCUUUUUCCUUAUUUUCCUUUCCUUUUUUAAUGAUGGUUGUUUUUUACUGUGACUUAACGACCUGCUUUAAUGACACUUGCAGCUUGUUCUCUAACACGUUGGGGACUAGGAACAAGGUGCACAAAGAAAGAGUCACUUUUUGGCUGCUGUGGCUGUGCUCCUCUUUUCUUUCCUGCUUUGAUUCCCUAAUCCAGACAGCGCUUUGCUCAGGGUUUUCUUCCUUCUUUGUAUUUCCAUUGGGAAAGGGGGAGUGGGGAGAGGAUAACCCAACUUCUGGCCAUUUGUUUUGUUUUCUGUGAUACUUGAAGCAGUUUUUUUGCAUCAUAACUAACGAGGCUGCCCAGCCUGUGCCGCUGCUCCUGGCACAACAGAUCAGUGAUUGGGGGGGGGGGGGGUCCUGCCCCACGUUGGGUUUUGGCACAGCUUUUUUGGGGGGACUGUGACGCCCCAGACCAGGUUUUGGGGGCUGGUGCAGGUGCAGAGGUGUGGGAUGCUUUGGAGAAGUGGGAAUGGGCACGGCUCUAUUUGCACUUUACCCACGUCACUAAACAAACCCGGGGACCACGGGCUGAGCUCGGGGGGGGGGG